UCUCUGUGCUUUUCUCUUUCUCUCUCCAACACACACACUUCCUGCCCUUUUAGAGAAAGAGAGAGAGAUAGAGAGCUCGAAGUCGGAUAUCAAGAGGCAAGAGACAGACAAGACGGAGUGGCGGUAUCUGGCCGGCCACUUGGUUACGGUGGCGCCACUAUGGUGGUUUAUGGCGGUGGUUUGGUGACGAGAGGUUGUGGGGUGCGGCUAGAGUGAUGGUGAUUGGGUCCGAGCCGAAGGGGGCGGCAGGUGCAGCGACGACGGUGAGGAAGGGGUUGAUGAAGGGGUGGACUUGGGUGGUGGCUCACGACGGAUUAGGGUUCCGGAGGUGCCACCGGCGCCGCGAGUCCAGCAAGAUUCAAGAAGCAAAAACUCAUCUCCUAUGGGCUCUAAGCGACCUAGGCUUUGCUCCAAGCGACACUCGAGAAUCACGGAUUCAGGCGGCGAUGGUGAAUACUGAAUAGUGUUUCAGACGGCGGCGGUUUCGACAGAGGUGCUUUCCUAUGACGAGGAAGACGAUGAAGAUGACCGAGAGCCGAGAACCACGAAAAGUUGGGAGAUUGGGUGAACCACUACGACAACACCAUUGUUUGUCGCUGCUUUAGCCUCUAUAUUGUCCACUUUUUCAUCUGGAGCACCAAGACAAUUGUUCAAGCCUUUAAACCUGAUCUGUUCAGUGUAUGAAUUUGAAUUGAUUUUAUAGAUUGUUCACAAUGAUUAUAAAAAAAUUUACGGGACGAGUGGGAAUUUCGAUGGGUGUUUGACGGUUUUUGAAGAGAUGAAAGCGCUUGGUGUCAAACCGAAUUUGGUGUGUUAUAAUACGUUGUUAGACGCUAUGGUAAAAAAAUUUACGGGACGAGUGGGAAUUUCGAUGGGUGUUUGACGGUUUUUGAAGAGAUGAAAGCGCUUGGUGUCAAACCGAAUUUGGUGUGUUAUAAUACGUUGUUAGACGCUAUGGGAAGAACUAAGAGAACGUGGCAGGUUAAGUCGAUUUAUCAGCAACUUCUGAGUAGUGGAUUAACGCCUGGUUGGGCGACUUACGCUUCACUUAUUCGCGCAUAUGGUAAAGCGCGGUACGGUGAUGACGCAAUGAUCGUGUACAAAGAGAUGACAGCAAAAGGGAUGAACUUGAAUAAUGUUCUUUACAACACCCUUUUGUCUAUGUGUGCUGAUAUCGGCUUCGUCGAUGAAGCUGUUGAGUUACUUGACGACAUGAAGUCGUGUACGGAUUGUAAGCCCGACAGCUGGACGUAUUCAUCGAUGCUCACAAUAUUCUCGUGCUGCGUAAAGGUCGUAGAGGCAGAGGCCGUGUUGAAAGAAAUGGUGGAGUCCGGUUUCCAGCCAAAUAUAUACGUUUUAAUCUCGCUAAUCCAAUGCUACGGGAAAGCCGACCGUACAGACGAUGUGGUGACAACGUUUGACCGAAUCAUCGAACUUGGUAUAACUCCGGAUAAGCGGACGUGCGGCUGUCUUCUCAAUGUGAUGACACAAACGCCUCGUGAAGAACUCGGUAAGCUUACCAGAUGCGUUCAAAUCGCCAAUCCGAAGCUUGGUAGUUUAAUCGAAGCAGAUGCUAUGGAUAUAGUAGGCUAUUGCCAAUGCUGUAUAUGGUAUUGCACUUAUGAUUUAAAAAGGGUUUGUUAAAGUUAAAUUGCAAUAUGGAUUUUUAAGGCAGUAUCAUACUUAUGUAAGUUCUUAACGAGGAGUUUCUAAUAGGCAUUUGUAAAUAGUGUUUAUUUAUUAACAAUGUGCAACUGUAUGACACAAAUACUCACUGUGGGUGAGUGUUACCCCGCAGCGAAGCGCGAGUGUUUUUAUUUAUAUACACACCUGUAUACGAUUUUUUUUAA